CACAAUUGAUAAUCAGAACCCAAUAGGCAUCACUCGCAGUCAAUCGCAUCCACCCUCUCCCCAACAGCCACAAUUAAUACACAGACAGAACCCGAAUACGAAUCACGAUGAAGUCCGCAACCAUCCUUGUUGAGGCAGCCCUAGUCGCUGUCGCUCUGGCCCAACUCGCUACUUUCCAGUCGGCCAUCGGCACCGUAUCAAAGGCAUUGACCAACUUGGACACCGCCGUGAAGUCCCUGGAUGCGAAAAACCCCAACAGCGCAGCCCCCGUCCUGCAAAUGUCAGACGCUGUCCAAACUGCCCUCAAGCAAGCCACGACACAAAUUCAAGGCUCCCAAACCCUGUCGUUGACCGACGCUUUGGGCCUGCAAAACACGGCCACGGACCUGACUACCACUGUGCAGUCUACGGUCGGCGACCUAGUAUCUAAGAAGCCCGUCUUGGACCAGCUUGGCGUCACUUCGGUCGCCGUUUCGACUCUGCAGAAGCAGCAGUCGUCGUCGAAGGCCCUGGGCGAUGCGAUUGUCAGCAAGGUGCCUGCUAUCGGCCAGGGGAUCGCUCAGUCGUCCAUUGAUGACAUUAAUAACGCCAUCAAGGACGGGGUUACAAAGUUGCAGGCUCCUCCAGCGGCUGGUGCUGGUGCUGCGGCUGGGGGCGCGGCUGGCGGUGCUUCGGGGGGAACGGGCACCAAUACCACAACUACGACUACGGGAGCCGGUACUGCGGCUAAUGCGGGUACCAAUAUGAACGCCGCUGUUGUGAUUCCCGGGGCGGGAUUCGUAAAGCAGAAGAUGGCUACGGCCGGUGCUGGCAGCAUCGCUGUUGGGGACUUCAAGUGGGUUGCGUUGAUCGCUGCCGCUCUCAUGUUUUCUCUAUUGGGUGUCAAAUUGUCUCCGUUGUAA